AUGAGGUUUGUAGUUGCGAUGCCGCAAGCAUAUACAAGGUUCCACAUGAAUAUGUUACCAUAUUCGGAAGUCUACUUUCAGUUCACACGUACUCAUGAAACGGUGGUUACUACCGCAUUAAGCAGUUAUAAUACGGCGGAGACCAGAUCUAGAAAUAGGAAAUUUCAGCAAUCCAGGAUGUUGCGUUUAAGAAAGCAAGACUUCAUGCGCAUGCCCGAAACAAUAGGAAGCUCGUAA